AUGUCGCUCACCAAGUGCAGGAGCUUGUGCUCGCCCUCCGCCGCCGCCACACCCUCGUCCACGAGCUUGAAAGGAGAGCCCAGCGUGUCGAAAAAAUCCAGCUCGGAGUUCAUCUCGAGGGCGGCCGCAGGGGGCCCCGCGUCGCUGAGGAGAGACGCGAUCGAGUCUUCGGGCGUUAGCGGCAGGAGGGGAACGAGUCCGCCUUCAGGGGCCGAUGCACCGUGGUGCCGCUCGUCUUUACACUUGGAGAUCACUUUAUGCACGCCCUGCGCUGUUCCAAGCUUCGUUGACGGCGUGGUCGCGGGCUUGCGUCCCUUCUUACGCGGUGAUUUCACCGCGGCCGGGAGAAUGCGUGCGUGCCGUGCCGGCUUGUUCUUGGAAGCGUCAAUGCCGGAGAUAGGGAGCGUGGCCUUCCACGGCUGGCGCGUGGUUUGCGCCCGAACGCUCGUGAUGUCGGCGUUGGUGCCGUUGUGA